AGUCCUACUUCGAGCGGUCGAUGGAUAAGCAGCGGCGAAAACCGUUUCGGAAAAUGGACAACUGUGUAGACAACAACCUUUUAAUAUCACUGAUACUGGCACGACCACCGAUAUGGAACAUAAACCAUAGAAGUUACAGAAAUAGAAAUGUCAUAGAGAGAUGCUGGCGAGACAUCAGCAGCAACAUGGGUGUCAACAAGUACUUUCUACGCAAAAGAUGGAAAAACUUAAGGGAUCAUUUUCGUUCGGAAUUGGCCAAAGUGCAAAACCCAGACGAAAAAGGCACCAAAUGGGAGCAUUUCAAUAGUUUAUUAUUCCUUAAAGACGUGGUUAAACAACCAAAAAAUACUGAAAAUCAAGACAAAAACUACAUCGACGAUGAGCAAUACGAACCAUAUUUGGAAACUGAAGAUGACGCCAAAAACGACUUUGACGAACCUGAGUAUGUCCAAGCGGAAAAUUUUAAGAACGACAUUGAUUAUUCCGAUUACGAAAUGGAUCCAGAUUCUUUGGCGGACUCGGUAUAUAAAAAAAGGAGAUUUGAAGAAAAUGAGGACGAAUUAUUUUUCAAAAGUUUAUUGCCCCAUUGUAAGAGAAUACCAGACCAUACAAAAUUGUUAUUUAGAAAUAAGGUUAUGUUGUUGGUGAAUGAGUUUGCGUAUGAAGAUGGAAAUAAGUCGGAAAAUCCUAGUAGUAGCGCGUAGAUUUAGUUUUGUUUUUUUAUUUUUUUAUAAACUGCACAGUAUUAUCUU